AUGUCUACAGAAGACGGUGACCCCAAUUUGACACCACUAACCGCCCCCUUCAGCCGGGUUCGACAGCCCGCCACCGUCACCGCUGUCACAGUCAAGCUCCCACCCUUUUGGGUUAGGAACCCUGCGACCUGGUUCAUACAAGCCGAAGCCCAGUUCCAUCUGGCCGGCAUUACUGCACAAUCCACCAAGUUCUAUCAUGUCAUUUCCGCGCUUUCCUCAUCUGCGGCUGAGGAGGUUUACGACAUCAUUGCUUCGCCUCCCUUGGACAUCCCGUACGACAAACUAAAGGCUGCCCUGCUGAAGCGAACGACCUGCUCGGGCCGCGCGCGCCUUCAACAACUACUAUCGGCCGAAGAGCUCGUCGACCGACGCCCUACACAACUGUUGCGCCGUAUGAAGCAACUACUCGGCGACGGAGCAUCAUCAACCAGUGACAGUUUUAUCCGGGAGCUGUUCCUACAAAGACUCCCGCGGAACGUUCAGAUGGUUCUCGCCGCAACCUCGAACCUAUCCACAGACGAGCUAGCCACUCCCGCUGACGCUGUCAUGGAAGUGGCCCCACCGACUCUAAUGAAUGUAGACGUACCACCUCUGAUUCCUCCUGCUCCCAUGUCUGCUCAAGCACAUUCGCAUGAUCGUUCUCCAUGCUUGUCUGCCAUGGAAAACCUUACGCAACAGGUGAACAGCCUCACCCACAUGGUCUCUCGGCUAGCCACGCGAAGCCGUUCACCCAGUCCCCGUCGCUACCGCCGUCAGUCGCGCUCUUCCCGCGGCCGCCGCUUCUCAAGCCCCCAGGCGAACGGGAUGUGCUGGUACCGUAAGCGGUUCGGCGCCGAGGCCCGACAUUGUUUUAAACCGUGCUCGUGGGCGGGAAACGCCCCGCCCAGCCACUAA